AACAUUACAUCACGAAAAGUUACCAAACUCUUUCUGAUAAAUUUUCACCCUCUGUGUGCUACAGAUCCACCAUCAUAAUACUAAAAAAGAUGAAGAAAUACCCAUUCAAGUAUUUUCGUUCUGUGUUAGAUGAGUAAAACGAAUAAAUAAUCCAAGAGUACAGGUGCAUUAAGUUGGCAGUACUGAGAGGGACAGGCAAGAAGACAGACACGAUGGCAAACCAAGACGUGGACGAAUUAUUUGAAGUGAAAAACUCCUUCUACAUAGGAAAUUACCAGCACUGUAUAAAUGAGGCUCAGAAGUUACAGCCCAGCACACCAGAAGUACGCCUAGAACGAGAUAUCUUCUUGUACCGUGCACUGAUUGGUCAACGUAAAUAUGGUGUAGUCCUCAGUGAGAUCAAGCCCUCAAGUCCAGCACCUCUGCAGGCCCUAAGACUCCUAGCACGCUACCUCCAGUCUCCUGAUGGAAGACCAACAGUGGUGAGUGAGUUAGAAGCACAACUGAGUGGAAAUGUUGAUCUGUCCAACACUGCCCUGCUGGUGGUGGCAGCAACCAUCUACUGUCAUGAAGAAAACUAUGAAGGAGCACUCAGAGUCCUCAACCAAUCAGACGCCCUUGAGUGCCGUGCUCUGAUGGUACAAACCUACCUAAAGAUGGAACGACCAGAUGCUGCCCGGAAAGAACUGAAAACUCUGCAAGAGAAGGAUGACGAUGCAACACUAACCCAGCUGGCUCAGGCCUGGACACACAUUGCCACGGGUGGAGAGAAGCUGCAGGAUGCUUAUUAUAUAUUCCAAGAACUGAUGGACAAGAAUGCCAGUACUCCUGUCCUUCUGAAUGGCCAGGCAGUGUGCUUUUUGGGUCAGGCUAAAUAUGAAGAAGCAGAAGGAGCACUGCAGGAAGCUCUUGAUAAGGAUUCAAAUAACCCAGACACGCUUAUCAACUUGAUGGUUCUUGCUCACCACACAGCUAAGCCACCAGAAGUUGCCAGUAGAUACCUUGCCCAGUUGAGAGAUGACCACAAGACUCAUAAGUUUGUUGAAGACAUCAAGAUCAAAGAAGAAGAAUUUAGUCGCUUGGUGAAACAGUAUGCUGCUUAGUUUUUGCAUAAGUAAACAAGUAUAUAUAUAUAGAAUAUUUGUUAUGUUACACCAAUAGAUUUAUUGUCAAACUUAAGGAUUAUUUACUUGCUUCACUUUUCCAGAUGAGAUCUAGUGACACAGGGACAAAAUUGAUUACAAUGAAGUUUCCAUGGGGGUAUUAGUCAGAUAUUUGUAUGGUCAGUGUUUAUAUUUAUUUUUGUUUAUUAUGGAUUUCUUGUAUAAGAA